ACUCCAGUCCUUUUUGCUUUCCUUUGCAAAGACACGGUGAAGAGAUCAGGCAGCCUGCAAGCACAGAACAUCCGAAAUCCAGUCUCAUCACAAAAUAGGAUGCUGCAGCUCUAUUUUAUGGCACAGGCUUUGAUCUUUUUAUUUCUCUUAAUGCUGCCUACCUGAUUUCCCUGUUUCUGUAAGAAUCAAUCCUCCAUCAUCCCCUCCUUUUCUGCUCCCUCCCAUCCCCUGCCUUGUCUAAGGUUCCACAGGGACUGAUUGUGAGCUGAAGUGGCAGUGCUGUGGGCAUGCUUGCUCCUUCACACGCAGCAACGUCACAGCAGCAGCAGCAGCAUCGGAGAUGUGAUUGCGCAGACCCUCUGCAUUGCCAAGGAUGCAGCUGUGAAGAAAAAAAAAAUCAGAAAAAAAAAAUUGACUCUGUGUUUCCCACAGCAUCCUGGUGAGAGAACACGGAGUCUUCUGGAAUCUGAGCGCCCAGGACUGCCGGAGCUGGGUGUGUUCGCUGACAGGGAGCGGGGGACGAAGGAUCUGUACAAAGGUAUCUGAAUUCCCUCAUGAGAAGUGUUCCUCCUGCCUCUCAUGUGCAGCCCUACCUCUUCAUGGGUGGUACCAGCUUCACUGAUGCCCUGAAGAGUAUUCCUCACCAUGGAUAGUCCACCCAAACUGACUGGUGAGACGCUGAUUGUCCAUCACAUUCCCCUGGUGCAUUGCCAGGUCCCCGAUAGACAGUACUGCUCCAUGAGCAAAAGGACCAACCCCUUCUGCCAGCCAGAGCUCAGCAUUACACGGACCUCUGCCCUUCCAGACAGAGACCUAUCACAGACUGACUCCUUGGUGUACAGCAGUUUUCUUCAGACCUCUGAAACCUCAGCAGAGGCUUCAGGUCACAAAGAAAGAAAAGCAAGGGAUCUGAUUGUCCCUAGUGUCAGUAAGCGACACAACCCUUUCCUUCUGAGUGAGGGUGAAGACCUCAGUAUUUUUGGGGAUGACUUGGGUCAAAAAUCUUUCCACCUUCACAACUCACUCGUGGAUGGCAAGCCUCCCUUCAAUCUGCAGGAUCUGGCCUUGCCCCCUUUCCACCUCCAUGACUCCAACCACAUUGUGAAAUCCUGGAACAUGGCCAGCCGGUCUGGUGUGGUGGACGGGCAAGAGGACAAACUCAGCAGUGAUGACAUCCAGAAGAGGAACAAUGUUAACAGGUGCCAUCAGGCCUCGGAAUGCAUGGAGCUGGAUGAAUGCAGCUGCCAUCAUGGCAGCUCCUCCAACUUCUCCUUUGACAGUGGUGACCAGGAAUGGAAUCAGAACAUGGAUGAACCACUGAGGAAUCAGGAUGCCCUGCACAGGACAUGCAGUUGUUCCAGCUCAGAGAUCCAACACUGUCGCUGCUACAGUUCAUCAAGUCAGUCUGAAGUGAUUGACCAACAGAUGGGCUACAUCAGUGACUCUUCUUGCAACAGUUCUGAUGGGGUCCUGGUGAACUUCAGUGCUCUCUACAACAAAAUGAAUGGUCAGCCCCAAUCCAGUCUGAAUUCAGCUAACUUGUCCUGUGACUCUUCCUUCUGCAGCCACUCAGAUACAGGAGCUUUUUACCUGGAUUUACACUCAUCACCCACUGAAUCCAAGAUGUCUUGUGAGUCGCAUAACCCAGAAAGUUCAGGAAAGGUGUGUGGGUGUCAACAUUCCUCCUCACCUGUCCUUGAUGCUAACUGCAACUCCUACCACCUCCACUGUGAGCCUUGCACAUCAGAGAGCUCAGACCUCACUGCCUGCUUCCAGAGCCAAGCACGGCUUGUUGUGGCUACUCAGAAUUACUAUAAGUUAGUCACGUGUGACUUGUCUUCCCAGUCAUCCCCCAGCCCUGCGGGAUCUUCCAUAACUAGCUGCUCAGAAGACCAGACUAAGGGUAGCCCAGCCCAGCCCACAGAAUACUAUCUGUUCAGAAGGUCCAACCUGAGACAAGAAGGCAAUGUAGAGUGCAGUGCAGAGGAGCCAAAGGGAGAAUCCAGUCAGAACAUGAUUGAGGGUCAGGUCUAUGUCAAUGUGUCACCACCGAACCUCAACACAAGCCGGCAGCGCUCCAGGAGCUAUGAUCAGAAUCUGGACAGGAGUCCUGGCAGCAGGCUGGGCUCCUUAGAGCGCAUGGUGAGCUGUCCAGUCAAGCUGAGUGAAAGUCCAGCAAUACCCAUUCAGAGUUCUCCCCCCAAGAGGGUGACAUCGUUUGCUGAACUGGCUAAAGGACGGAAAAAGAAUGGCACCUCCCCACCACACCGCUCCAGUGGUGAUUCUUCCCUGGAGUUCUCUCCCAUCCCUGAGACACAGCGGGAUUGCCCAACCUUCCUUGAAGAAAGAGCUCGGCGUAGCCAGAGUCUUCCACCCAUGCCCUUCAUCCAUGGCCUGAAUCGGAGCUGCGAGGGCUUUUAUUUGAAUCAUGCUUUUGGGGACAGCCAGGCUUUGUGUUCCACCAAAGACUCCAUCUCCAGUGAGAAGGUCCCCAGUGGGCAUGGGGCAGGUGGUGGCACAGACAGCAAGCCUGUGGUACGCUACAGCAAGGACCAGCGUCCCACAACUCUGCCCAUCCAGCCCUUUGUUUUUCAGCACCAUUUCAGCAAGCCGCCCAAGGCACGUGCCCUGCACAGCCAUUUUGCCUCCAGCCUUUCCCAGCUCUACAGCUUAUCCAGCAACCGUGCUGCCAGCCAGCAGAUCUCCAGUUCCCAGUGCUCAGCCUUGGCCACCUCGGCAGAGCAGGUGGCGGUGGCGGGGAGCAAAGCUCAUGGCACGCUCGUGACCCAGCGCUCGGCAGACGGAGCUGCCUCGCGCGGUGAUGGGGACAUCAAGAAGCCUGGCCCUGAAACAACCCGCCCAUCCCCGCUGGGCAGUUACUCCCCUGUGCGAUGCAACGUGCCUUUCUUCCAAAGCGUGGACUCCUCUUCCUCGCCCACUGCAGAGAGAGCUGAAGACAGCCAGCCCCCCAGAAGCAGGUCCUGCCCCAUCUCUGCUAACCUGCUUCCCACGAGGUCAUCUCCUGCUGUCAGUGCCAUGCAGCCCUCCAAAGCCACCAAAGCUGACACCCUGAGGAAUCACCCCAAGUUGAUUCCCAAGAAGGAGGCCACUGUGGAACCAAGCCCAUCACUCUCCGAAUACCGACUCCACAGUGGGUCCCUUCCGCCUCUCUCGGUGGGUGGCAUGUCCAUGAGCAGAGUAGGAGGCCAUGCAGACUCACACUGGAGAAGUGGCAGUGAGACCAGCAGCUCUGGUCCCCUGAGCAGCAUGGGAAUACGGCCUGUCAAUGCGAACCACCUCUCCCCACAAGCGCUGAAGUGGCGGGAGUACAGGCGGAGGAACCCCCUGGGUCUGGACCGUGUUUCAGGGCUGCCCAGCUUAGCAGGCAGCCUGGACAGGAGGCAGCAAGAACCUCGGCUGAACCGGGGCAACCCCAUCUUUGAGCUCCCUGGUGCUCUCAGCACCAGCCAUUUCCACUGCAAGCUGAACGGACAGUCUAUGAGGCAACUCCAGCUUACCUACAAUGACUUUUUCCCUGACUACUUCUCGCUAGCAGAGAAACCUCCUGCUGAGUUCUGCCUCUCCCCAGAUGGCAACACAGAGUCCAUCUCCAUUGACUUGCUGCAGAAGAAGGGUCUGGUGAAGGCCAUCAACACUGCUGUUGACCUGAUUGUUGCUCACUUUGGAACCAGCAGGGAUCCAGGAGUGAAGGCCAAACUUGGGAACAGCUCUGUGAGCCCCAAUGUGGGGCAUCUCAUCCUGAAAUACCUGUGCCCAGCUGUCCGGGACAUUCUGAGUGAUGGGCUCAAGGCUUAUGUCCUGGACAUGAUCAUUGGCCAGAGGAGGAACAUCCCCUGGAGUGUGGUGGAGGCAUCCACCCAGCUAGGACCCUCUACAAAGUUGCUGCACAGCCUCUACAGCAAGAUCAGCCAGUACACAGAGCUCACCAACCACACCAUGCGGUUCAACGCGUUCAUCUUUGGCCUCCUCAAUAUCCGAUCCUUGGAAUUCUGGUUCAACCACCUUUACAACCAUGAAGACAUCAUCCUGGCACACUACCAACCAGUGGGCUUCUUGUGCCUGUCUCACAGUGUGUGCCAACCUCUUUUUGAGGAGCUCCUGCUCCUACUACAGCCUCUCUCCCUGCUGCCCUUCAACCUGGACCUCCUCUUUGAGCACCACCUGAUGCAGAUGGGCAAAGAGCAGCAACAGCAAAAGGAGCUGCUGCGUGUGAAGCAGGACCUACUGCUUUCUGUGCACUCCACCCUGCAGUUGAUGCGGACCCGGGGCAGCAGUGAGGAUCCUGAUGGCUGCAGCACUGCCCCUGAAGCAUGCCAAGGGGGUGCCAGAGAUGGUGACAUCUCACCAGGGCACAGCCCACAGCAAGCUGUGAGUGAGAAGAGGGUCAAGGGAGUGGGGGCCUCCUGCGGAGAAGGUGACAGGGAGGAAGAGCAGACCAAGAUGCGAGAGAGUACGUGGGAGGGGAAGAAGGACAAGCAGGCAGGUUGGUGGUACCAGCUCAUGCAGACGUCUCAAAUUUACAUUGAGAGCUCAGCUGAAGGCUCAAAGUUCAUCCGCUCUGAGAAGAAGAAAGCAGCUUUGAAUCCUGCACCCAGGUCACUGGAGACCCACAAGGCACCACCUCCCCGAGAAGGUGUGGUGGAGGGUGCAGAGGCUUGUCCCAUUGCUGAGGGCACCUUGCAGGAGAGGCCCAAGGCGGCCAGCAAGCCAAGUCCCGAAACCAUGGAAGAGCCCUUGGAAAAGCCCCAGCAGGUAGCGGUUGGCGAAGAGGUGAAGGAACGGAGCUGGCCCUUCUGGAUGGGCAGCCCCCCAGACUCUGUGCUUACAGAGCUAAAGCGCAGCAAGGAGAAGGAGGCUCAGCAAAGAGUGGGAGCAGCAGCAACCCCCCAAGAAGACAACAGCACCAGUGCAUCAGAGGGCAGCCAGCCCAUCAAGUGGGGACACUUGUUUGGGUACAGGAAGGUACAAAAAGAACCCAGACAACCAAACAGGUUGCCGUCUGGCUGGUUGAGCUUGGACAAGUCCGUCUUCCAGCUGGUAGCCCAGACAGUUGGGGCUAGCAUGUGGCGUGAAGCAGCCCCGGAGCCAGACCCUCCCAAUCCAGAACCACCUGAGGCACCUGCUGUGGCACGAUCAGCCCAGGGAUUGUCUCCUCACCCUACCUGUGAGGUGAAAGCUCUUUGCCAUCACAUUGCCACUGAGUCAGGACAACUGAGCUUCAACAAAGGGGAUAUUCUGCGCGUCAUCUCCAAGGUGGAUGGCGACUGGCUGCAGUGCAGCCUUGGCUCUGAGAAGGGACUGGUGCCCAUCAUGUAUGUCACCCACCCUGAGGACGAGGACUAUUGACACAUUUAGGAGGCCAAGCACAGUUCCUGGGCUGCUGAGGCUUCUCUGGGGCAGCCUAUCCUGCCAGAGGAACAAAUACAGCUUCUUGCUAGUUUCUUACCUUUCCUGCCAUUACAGAAUACAGUAACCAUAGGUGGUUCCUUCUUGCUCCUCCUUGUGCAGCUGCCAAAGGCCAACUUAGCCCUCCAGGGUCUUCUGCAAGCUGCACCUUGUAUUGCCAGGCAUCACCAUGCAUGCAGCCACACCAGGGACUGCCUGACCCCCCCCCUCCUCCCCACACUGUCUGCAGCACCCACAGGCCAUGGACUUGUACACUACAGGAACCGGGGCAGUCCCUGCCAGGGUAGCGCUGCCCAGCUGUUGGAUGCUGGAGGGUGCAGGAUGCUGGCCGUCCCCUCCCUGGGGGUGGCAGUGGAGUCUGCAGCCUUCAGCAUCCCUGGCAUCCUCAGCUGAAGGGGUGGGAGCACCCUGCAUUAGCAGGGUCCCUACAAGGCUGGGCUAAUGGGUUGUGUUUAUUGGGGCACUGCAAGGUAGGCUCCCUCACACUACAGCAUCCCUAUCCUAGUGUGCUGUAGUGGUUCCUGGUGGGUUGUACCAGGACAAGUGGCCUGGCAGUGCCUCACUGCAGGGCUGAGGCUGUGCAUGGCCACGUGCACAGGGGAGGGGGACGGGAUAUGUGUGUGAGUGUGGAGCAAAGGGGUGUGUGGGGUUGCGAGGAAGGCAUGGGGUUGUUCAGUGUUAUGUAGGUCCAGGAUGGGUAGUGCCACCCUGUGAAGAGAUGGGUGCUCUGGGGGGAGGCCCUGUGCCCUCCACACUGAGCAGGGAACCACCGGUGCCUGGGAAGCCCUGGGAUGCUCAGUGGAGGGCGCUGGAGGGGAGGGAAUGAGGGCAGGGUCCCUUUCUGGGCUAGGGAUUUGGGGGCAGUGCUCUCAGCAAGUAGAUUGGGGGUGCUCCGAGAGGGAGCUGGGGAGUCUGGCAAGGGAGGGGUGGUGCUCCCUCUGGCACAUGGUUUCUGGUCUUGCUGAGCAGUGCUGUGGGGUGGGGGGGAUAAGUGUUGUGCACAAACACAAGGGGAUACUGGAGGUCCUGGGGUCCUUGGUAGAGGCAAUGCCAGUCAACCCCUUCCUUGCCAUGUUCAUGCCGCCUGCUGUAGUGGGGAUCUUCACCUGCCUGUCAGGUGGGGAACAGUGUUAAUGAAAGGCCAUGCCAGUAUUUGGUGCCAUGGCCAGCUUGACGCUGUUCACAGCAUCGUGCCUGGGCUGGCUUCACCAUGGCAAGGGGCCCUGGUCUUGCUAGGUUACCUCCUGCUUGUACAUCGCUUAGCGGAUGUUGCACCAUAUUUAAUUUGUAUUUCCCUGUUAGAAUGAGGUGUCUCACCUUUAUUUAUUUCUUUAUUUAUGAUGCAUAUUAAUAAAAAAGGUGCUGAUUGAGCUCUCUGCAA